AUGAAGCAACCACCUGGGUAUGAGGACCCAUCUUACCCGGGUCACGUCUGUCACUUACAGCGUUCUCUAUAUGGCCUAAAGCAGGCACCCCGGGCAUGGUUCAAUCGCUUGCAGGAGUUUCUGACAUCCACCGGUUUUCUGGCAUCCAAAACCGAUGUCCCGCUCUUUUACUAUACAACGGGAAACUCACGGGUCUACUUGUUGGUCUACGUUGACGACAUAAUCAUGAUGGGCAACGACUCGGCGUUAAUUGACACUUUACUCGGUCAGUUGUCAACUGCUUUCAAAAUUCGAGAUCUUGGUACACCUCACUUCUUUCUAGGGAUAGAAAAUGUACCUUCCGGUGAUGGUUUUGUCUUAUCUCAGUGUCGGUAUAUGAAGGACAUCCUCACGAGGUCUGGAAUGACGGACUGCAAGGCUCUAGCUACCCCAGCAGCAGUAACUCAACCGGCUACCCCCUCCUUAACUCCUUUUGAGAACCUGACUCAAUAUCGCAGGAUUGUAGGGGCUCUGCAGUAUCUAACCAUCACCAGGCCUGAUCUCUCCUACUCGGCACUACUCAAACGAGUGUUGAGGUACAUUAAGGGGACUCAGGACUACGGGCUUCGUCUAUCACUAUCUGCCUCCUCCGAUCUACAUGCCUACACUGACUCAGACUGGGCUGGAUGUCCAGUCGACCGUAAGUCUACCAGUGGCUAUGCUGUGUUCCUUGGAAACAAUCUUGUUUCAUGGGUCUCUCGCAAGCAGCGUACUGUUGCCAGGUCUUCCACAGAGGCAGAGUACAAAGGGCUUGCCGAUGUCUCCGCUGAAGUCACAUGGGUUAUCUCCUUACUCCGUGAACUAGGGUUGCACUCUGGCUCACCAGCCACGCUAUGGUGUGAUAAUCUAGGGGCCACUUACCUAGCAGCAAAUCCAGUUUUUCACGCUCGUACGAAACAUGUUGAGAUUGAUUAUCACUUUGUACGAGACAAGGUCGCAUCAGGGGAUUUCAUCGUUAGUUUUGUCUCAACUAAGGAUCAGUUGGCCGUUAUCUUCACUAAACCACUACCAGCUCCGCGCUAUCAGGCUCUACGAGACAAGCUCAACGUUGUUGCCCUCCAACCUUGUGCUUGA